AUGAUGCUGAAAAAGAAACAAGAAAUCAUAGAAAAGAAUGCCGACCCGGAGACGACACUUCUGCAGUAUCUGCGUAAAAUACUGCGUCUCCCUGGCACAAAACUUGGCUGUGGAGAAGGAGGAUGCGGUGCAUGCACAGUGAUGAUAUCAAAGUACGACCAGGAACAGGACGAAAUAAGUCAUUAUGCAUCCAAUGCGUGUAUUGUUCCAAUAUGCUCUCUCCAUGGCCUCGCUGUCACUACAGUGGAGGGGAUUGGUAGUACGAAAACGAGGCUACACCCAGUUCAGGAGAUAAUAGCCAAGUCCCACGGCACACAGUGUGGUUUCUGCACUCCAGGAAUGGUGAUGUCAAUGUAUACGUUACUAAGAUAUAAGCCAAAACCAACAGAAGAGGAAGUGGAAAACAUAUUCCAAGGAAACCUUUGCAGAUGCACUGGCUACAGACCUAUCCUUGAAGGAUUCAAGACUUUCAGCAAAGACGAACCCUGCUGUAUGGGAACCAAAUGUUGCAAAAACCAGACAAGUAACGAAGAGCAUUUUCUUGAUGCCGCUGAACCAUGCGACUUUGUGCCAGUCGAUACGACUCAAGAACCAAUAUUCCCCCCGGAAUUAAAAAUUUCGAAUGCAUUCGGGACAAAGUUUCUAACGUUCAAGAGUGAGAGGGUUACCUGGUUACGGCCUGUGUUCUUGAAGGAUCUUCUGGAACUGAAAUCCAAAUAUCCCAGUGCUAGGAUUGUUAUUGGAAACACAGCUGUUGGGUUGGAUACAAAAUACAGAAAAGCACAUGUCCAAGUUAUGAUUGCUGCGACACACGUGCCAGAAUUACAUGAAGUCGCAGUGGAUGACACAGGGAUCCAUAUUGGUGGCGCAGUUACCCUUGCGAGAUUAGGCGAGAUUUUGACUGAAACCAUCAAGAAUACAACAGAAUACAAAUACAAGACCUUGGUAGCCAUGCGGGGAAUUAUUAAUGGGAUUGCAGGACAUCAAAUUCGUAAUGUAGCCGUGCGUCUCCCAAAUUCUUUGGCCGGGAAUAUUUUGUGGACACAUCACAAUUCCGACCUCGUCCCUCUCCUGAUGGCUACGGGAUCCACGAUAACCCUGAUAUCGCAAGAGGGUGGCCAGAGAAAUGCUUUUUUGGACAACUCUUUUUACACCAGACGCGGAAAUUGGAAUAUUAAACCGGAUGAGAUUGUUUUGUCUGUUUUCAUCCCUUUUUCCAAAAAGAAUGAAUUUGUGUUCGGAUACAAGCAGGCACAGCGCAGAGAAAAUGCAACAGCAAUAGUGAACGCUGGGAUGAGAGUUCAGUUUGAAGAUGGAGCCAAUAUUAUUAAAGAAAUGCAAAUUGCCUUUGGUGGCAUGUCUGAAACAUCUUCGUUGGCCAUAACAACAGCAAGGAAAUGUGUGGGGAGAAAAUGGGAAGACCAGCUGACAUCAGAUGUAGUCCAGUGGCUGGCGGAAGACUUCCAUUCACCACCAGAGGGCAUUGGUGGUCAGAUGCCCUACAAGAGAGCACUGGCUUGCAGUUUCUUUUUCAAGUUUUUCCACAGGGUGCAAUUAGAAUUGCGUAAAGGGUCUGGGAUGGAAGAUGCAACAGUUCCACCCCGGCACACGCUGACACUUCCCAGUCUGACACGGAGCAUCAGCCGAGGUACACAAGUGUUUGAAGAGGUCUCUCCUGACCAGCCAAAACACGACGCCUUUGGACGCCCAUUGCAGCACAGGGCGAGCUUGCAACACGCCACCGGAGAGGCUCAGUAUUGUGACGACAUGCCACUGAUUGACGGUGAGCUGCACUUGGCAUUGGUAACCAGCACCAGAGCCCACGCCAAGAUCCUCUCCAUUGACACUAGAGAAGCACUUGCUUUGCCUGGAGUGGAGGCAUUCUUUGGCCACGAGGAUGUACCUGGUUCCAAUAUAAAGAGAGUUCUGACAGUUGGGGAGGAGAUAUUUGCUUCAAAGGAGGUGACGUGUUACGGCCAGGUGAUAGGUGCCUUGGUGGCUGACACUAAGACGCAUGCUCAGAGAGCAGCGAAUGCCGUAAAAAUUGAGUACGAAGACCUUCCAACAGUGUUCACAAUACAGGAAGCAAUUGUCGAAGAGUCCUACUACCCACACGAAGCGAAAGCCCUCAUCAAGUCAGGCGAUGUAGAACGUGGCUUUGAGCAGGCUGACCACGUCUUAGAGGGGGAGAUCAAAGGAGGGGGACAGGAACAUUUCUAUCUGGAGACGCAUGUGGCUAGAGCCGUGCGUAGAGGAGAAGAUGGAGAAAUUGAGAUAUUUUGUAGCACGCAGUCUCCGUCGAAGUCUCAGGCUAAUGUUGCUAGAGCCCUUGGCUUACCGAUGAACAGAGUGUGUAUCAGGACAAAAAGGCUAGGUGGGGGUUUCGGAGGAAAGGAAACCCGUUAUGUGACUCUGAUACCGGUAGCUAUCGCUGCUUUCAAGUUGAACCGACCGGUCCGUGGUAUGUUGGAUAGAGACGAAGAUAUGCUGAUAUCAGGGGGACGACAUCCUUUCCUUGGAAAGUACAAGGUUGGUAUUGACAGCGUUGGUCGUUUCAAAGCCUUGGACGCCACAGUCUACUUGAAUGCAGGAAAUACUUCCGACUUAUCACCGGAAGUAGUAAGUGUAUCAUUAUACAGUUUUGACAACUGUUACCAUAUUCCAAACAUUGUACUUACUGGUGUACUGUGUAAGACCAACCUGCCCUCAAACACUGCAUUCAGGGGGUUUGGUGCCCCUCAGUCAAUGCUGGUCAUGGAGAAUAUAAUUGAAGAUGUCGCCGUCAGUCUGAAUAUCCCCUCACAUAAGGUCCGUGAAAUAAACAUGUACAAUGAAAAUGACCUCACGCCAAAGGGUAUUCGACUGAUAAACUGUGCUAUAGACCAUUGCUGGAAUGAAGUCAUCCAGCAGAGUGAAUUUUUUCAGAGAAAAGAAGACAUUGCCAAAUUUAACAGAGACAACCGAUGGAAGAAGCGUGGAGUUAGUUUGAUUCCAACCAAGUUUCUGAUUUCUUACUAUAAUGAGCGUUUUCUAGAACAGGGGGCAGCACUUGUUCAUGUGUACCAAGAGGACGGUUCAGUUCUGAUAACACACGGUGGUGUAGAGAUGGGACAAGGAUUACACACUAAGAUGAUACAGGUUGCCAGUCGAGCGUUACAGUUGCCAGUCCACAAGUUCCACAUCAAUGAAACCACCACUAGUACCGUUCCGAACACCACUGCCACAGCUGCCAGCACAGGAUCAGAUCUCAACGGCAUGGCUGUAUUGAAUGCAUGUAAGACGUUAAGACACCGACUUGAGCCGUAUAUAGCCGGUAAUCCCGGUGGAUCAUGGGAAGAUUGGGUGAAAGCUGCCUAUAUGGACAGAAUCAGCCUGUCUGCAACAGGUUACUACAAGGUCCCAGAUACCUGGGACGAUAGCUAUGUACCUGUUGAAGGAGAGCAAACCACGCAGAGGUACUACACAUACGGCGCCGCUUGUUCCGUUGUUGAAAUAGAUUGCCUUACCGGAGACCAUGUGGUGUUGCGAACAGAUAUCGUUAUGGAUGUUGGAAGAAGUUUGAAUCCAGCCAUUGAUAUUGGACAGAUAGAGGGAGCCUUUGCGCAGGGCUAUGGGCUAUUCACCAUUGAGCAACUGAGAUACACUUCUGAGGGAAGACUGAUAACUAAUGGUCCGAACACAUACAAGAUCCCUGGUUAUGGAGACAUCCCUGUAGAAUUCAAUGUUUCUUUACUGAAAGGUGCUUCCAAUCCCAAAGCAGUAUAUUCUUCCAAAGGUAUAGGAGAACCUCCUUUGUUCCUGGCGUCUUCAGUGUUCUUUGCCAUAAAAGACGCCAUAUCGUCUGCUAGAGCCGAGUCCGGUUUGAAAGGGAGGUUCCGAUUGGACAGUCCAGCCACAGCUGAGAGGAUCAGGAUGGCAUGUGAGGACCAGUUUACAUGCCAGGAGAUAAUAGCCAAGUCCCACGGCACACAGUGUGGUUUCUGCACUCCAGGUAUGGUGAUGUCAAUGUACACGUUACUAAGGAAUAAGCCAAAGCCAACAGAGGAGGAAGUGGAAAACAUAUUUCAAGGAAACCUUUGCAGAUGCACUGGCUACAGACCUAUCCUUGAAGGGUUCAAAACAUUCAGCAAAGACGGACCCUGUUGCAUGGGAUCCAAAUGUUGCAAAAACCAGCCAAGUAACGAAGAACAUGUUCUUGCUGUCGCUGAACCAUGCGAGUUUGUGCCCGUCGAUACGACUCAAGAACCAAUAUUCCCCCCUGAAUUAAAAAUUUCGAAUGGGUUUGGGACAAAAUUUCUAAUGUUCAAGAGUGAGAGGGUUACCUGGUUACGGCCUGUGCUCUUGAAGGAUCUUCUGGAACUGAAAUCCAAAUAUCCCAAUGCUAGGAUUGUUAUUGGAAACACAGCUGUUGACUGCGUGUCGUUCGUUUUGUGCAAAGGUUCUCACUGA